AUGGCCGGCGCCGGACCCGGGAGGCGGAGCAGGCCGUUCGCCGCGACGUGCGCGCUGCUGCGGCAGUACAUGAGGGAGAAGGAGAGCCAGCGCCAGGAGCGGAUGGGGAACCUCGCCCGCGUGCUCCGGGCGCCGCCGCCGACCCGGCCGGUGGCGCCGCCCCAGGAGGGCGGCGAGAGGACCAUGCAGCUCUUCCCCGCGCACCCUGACGCCGCCAUGCCGCAGCCGGCCCACCACCAGCAGAGGCCGGACAUGGGGAAGGCGCCCGUGACCAUCUUCUACGGGGGGCGGGUGAUGUUCUUCGACCACGUCUCCGCGGACAGGGCCAACGGGGUGAUGCAGAUGGCGGGGUCGUCGGUGAUGCACGCCCCGCCGCUGCCGGAGAUGGUAGUGGUGGACGUGCCGGAGGGCAGCGAGCCCUCGGCUGGGGUCGACCUGCAAAGCAUAGCAAGGAAGGCGUCGCUGCAGAGGUUCCUGCAGAAGAGGAAGCGAAGGAGCGGCAACAACCCUGAUGAUGACCUCAACGAGGAGGAGGUGCCGGCCAAGAGGAUGGACGCCGGCGGCAGCGGCGAGCGCCUGGAGGACGUGCCUGAUGCCCUGUGGCUCAGGCUCUGAUCUGAUCCAAGACCCCCUCAGCAUUAGGAGGAGAGGAAGAGAGAGCACUGAUGACAAGGGGGGAAGGAGUGCUGAUGCAAUGCAAGAUGGUUCAUGCAAGGUUGUCUCUGUCUGAGGAUCCGGAGGAGGAGCUCCAAAGGAUUCCCGGGCUAGUUAUCCGCCCUUCGAUGAAGGGCUUCUAUCCUGGCUCCUAAUAGUGUUCCGGAACUGCUGGUGGUAGACCCUAUCUUUUCGUCAGUCGGUCGUGGUCGAAAUAAUGUACAGGGACAUCUGGGUUCUAUGGAAGAAUAAAGUGCAAUAAUAAUUAUGUGAUGAUGC